AGCCUGGCUGGAUGGCAGGCAACCAGCCCAUGGCCAAGGGGGAAGGGGGGGUGAUGAUCUAGUUGAUCUUCAAGAUCUCCUCCAACCUAAGCCAUUCUAUGAUGCUGUGGUUCCUGUAUGGCAUGCAUGCAGCUGCAAGGGUGGUUGGGAUGAGUUUGUGCUGACGUGGAGGAUGGAGCAGAAGCUCAUGGAAGAGAUUUCAUUCUGCCUGCAGAGGGCAGUGGCAUGCAUGGGGAUGUCCACCUGUGUCAGUAAAGAGGUGACAGCCCAGAAAAAAGACUGCAACUUGACUGUGCACUGACAGCUGAGAACCAAAAGGUUCAGUAUACCCUUUUCUGAAAUAUUUUAUAGGAUUUCCAGGUUUCCUUUCUGUGGCACUGGCCAUAAACUGACCGUUUCAGUGUUACUGUGCUGUUGAACCAUUUUCUGGUUGUUCUUUGUGUGAUCCUGCUUCUGCAGGCUGUAACCUGGGGAUGAGGAGCUGCUGUUUCCUUUCAGAAAGUGUUGUGGAACAAUUGGCCAAGGAGAACAAGUACACAAGUUCAUAGUGGCACAUUUCCAUCGUGUUGUAUUUACAGAAUGAGGCACUAAGCAGAUAAUUCUAGAUUUCGUGUGAAAUACUUGUUGUCACCACUUACAUGUCUUUUACCCCCAAAAAACUUUAUUUUCUUCACAUUCCUAAAUUAUCUGAGCACUUCCUGUCUGCAGCAUAUCCUUUCUCUCCCCCCAUCAGAGCAGAGGAUGUAUGGUGCAUCUUCUUCUUCAGAUCAGAAACAGACUGUGAAUAAUGGUUUACCUGAAAAAUAAGAUAAAAUCAACACCUGUGCUUGCACAAGGCAGUUCCACAACACUGUGGCUAUGUAGAAGCUAUUCGUGUUUUUCUUCUUGUUGGCUCCUGGUCCACUUGAAACAAUAGGGGAUUGUGCUGCCUGCUGGCAGUUGCAAUGUUCGAAGCUUCCAUUUCUCUUUGAUUGGUCUCUUUCUGUCUUUUGAAAGCAAGCUGCGUGCAAACAGAGGUUUAAACAUCUAGACAGAGCACUGACCUGCCACCGAUGGUUUGCUGACAGCACUUCUCAGAGUCCUCCUAAGGAACAGAUGUCUGUGCAUUGAGCUGAUCCUACGCUGUCUCUUUUUGUAGAUGUGCUUUUAGCUAACCAGUGCUUCCCCAGCAUAUGUGAACAAUUGCGAUGGCGGGUGCCCUUCAGCUGCGGGGAUCCCCCAGUCACCAAUUUCCUGCAUUGCAGGGGAACAUAUUUAGGGUGUUUGUUCUGCAGUUGGAUGUAUCCUGUCCGUCUGUUCUGCUGCUGAGGUCUCUUGGCUCUCAGAGUGUAACUGUAUUCCGUGCCUGCGAUCACGCCCGUGGUAGUAUUGCUAACUUUCCCACUGGAGGCCGGCCAGUAAUGGGCAGAGUUUCUGUGUGCUGUUUAAGACAGAUCUGUACCAAACGGCAACGCGACACCCGUCCCUGGUCUUCACUCGUCUUUACUGCCCAGUAAAACUGAAAAAGGAACUUUGCCUCCUGUCAUUUUGCGCGUUUCUGCUGUUUUUACUGAGCGAGAAAUCUCUGCCGUGCAUAGGGGUGCUUUGUUUGCUGUAGUUUCUACUGAUCAAAAGGGACUGCGCGGGCUCGCUUAGGCUGCAUUGCACUCAUAGGGACAGCGUGAAAGUUGUGGCUUUUUAAAGGCAAGGAGCUUGUUACUUAACCGUGCUACAAGCACAGUUAAAAUUGAAAGCGUAACAGUGCUAAAUUUACUCACAUUCUGCCAUGAUAGCCUCGUGCUGUAACACACACCAAAAAGCUAAGCUUGAAAUAUUGUUCCUUAUUUGCAUCUGGCGUUGACUUCCAGCCCUAACACCAAACUGCGGUGUUUGCGUUGCCGUUAACUUUCCUGCUCCUUGUGCGAAUGCGCCGUGCGGUACGAUGUGAUUUAGAUUUAUAGCGGCGCCGAGUGUGCUCGCUGCCUCGGUCAGCUGCGCUCUGAUGGAAAAGGAGCAGCUGGGAAGGUGCUGUUUCAGGCUCUCGCUGGCAUUAAAAAAAAACAACAGAACCCCCACUGGCUUAGAUUGGAGAGGGGGAACCGGGCCACGUGACUGCCACCAUCCUACCCCAUGUCACAGUGUGUAGGAGCGCUGAUUGCUCUUACCCAAUCAUGCCUGGAAUGCUGCUUGCCACUUGGGCUAUUUCUGCUAUCUGUCGCUAUCAGUGCUGCAGUGCUAACAGUUUGGCAGAUGGGACACUUUUUCUUGGAGUUUAUGUCUUUGGUUUUUAACUUCUGGCAGCGCCUGAAUUGUUGCCGUUCUCCCUCUCCUUUUCUUCUCUCUGUAAAACCAUGGCCCAUCGGCUGCGGUUUCAUUUUGGCUCUGGACGAAGCAACACAGCCCCCGAAUCCGAGAUCCUCGACCGGGAGAGAGAAGAUGACUUUUUCAUGGCAUUCCACACUUUGCCGAGAAGAAGCAGCCCUCACGCUUUCUCCCGACACGGAGCAGAUUACGGCGGUGGCAGCGAUUUCCAAGAAGUGGGCUCCUUGAAAAGGAGCACCUCCAUGUUUAUUCCCCAGCUGCUGAACAGCAUCAGCGCGCGUCCCACAAGAAGCUCCUCGAUGCAGAUCUCUCUCCAGCGCAAGGCUGCAGAUGAGUGCGCGACCCCAGAGACCCCCGAGGAGACGCCCCUGUGCAAAGCCUCGGAUGUUAGGGAGCAUUAUGCAUCCCCCAUUGAAAACCAUUCAUCCUCUCAGAGCAGCCCAGAAGUGACUCCUGAGGAUUCUCCACCCAGGCAGACGGAGGAGUUGGGGCAGCAGAUGAAUGGAACCCUUCGCUGUAACCGUAGGAUAUUCCGUACUAUUCCUCCUAAUAACCAGAGCGACGAUGCUCUGUCCUCUGCCCAUGAGAACGAGGCAAAGGAAACAGCUUCAGGUCUGAACAUCAGCGGCGUGAGGAUUCAGCAUCGUGCUUCAAGCGCCGAUGUGCCUCAGGUUACUCUGUUGCCCUUUGGUUCCGAGGCUCAAAAUAAUGCUCCCACCCCUGAGCCCCGGCGCUGGUCUCUGCAGCAUGUGCCAGACAUGUCAGCAAACUCGGGGAAAAAGUUCUUUGUUCUCCAGUUACAGCAGCCGCAGGCAAGUGGUACAGGUGGUGAGUAUAACUUCGGCUUUACCGGGACAAAAGGGGACAGAUUGGUCAGGUACCCACGCAUUCAGCUGGAGAGGAGCGCUUCCUACCCCGUCCAACCACGGCCAGAGGAAAUCCGCCCCGCAGGUGAUGGACGGACUUCAGAAUUGCAUGGAAACGGCAGGAGCGGGUCAGAAAUAUCCAGAAGCAAUUCAGUAGAGAAGAUUUCUCAAGGGAAGGGAUGCCUGUUUAAAAUCAGACCAGAUCAAAACACGAGGCAGCAGCACUUCCGAAUCCUUGUCACCCGUAAUCCCGAGGAGCAAAGUCCAGUUGUUGGUGCAGAGUGUCGUGGCACCCCUGGUCCUGCGGCAGCCAGCACCGCGACUAGAGACGACUUCCUGGGCCAGGUGGAUGUACCUCUUAGCCACUUGUAGACUGAAGACCCAACCAUGGAAAGGCCUUAUACGUUUAAGGAUUUCCUUCUCAGACCAAGAAGUCACAAGUCUCGUGUAAAGGGUUUCUUGAGACUGAAGAUGGCUUACAUGCCUAAAAACGGUGGCCAGGAGGAAGAAAAUAGUGAUCAAAGGGAUGAGUCUGAGCAUGGAUGGGAUGUGGUUGAUUCCAGCGACUCUGCAUCUCAGCGUCAGGAGGAGUUACCACCUCCUCCACUGCCUCCUGGGUGGGAGGAAAAGGUUGACAACCUGGGACGGACUUAUUAUGUCAACCACAACAACAGAACUACGCAAUGGCACCGACCAAGUUUAAUUGAUGUGGGAUCUGAUUCAGAUAACAACAUCAGACAAAUAAACCAUGAAGCAGCCCAUAGGCGGUUUCGCUCUCGAAGACACAUUAGUGAGGAUUUGGAACCGGAACCUAUGGAGACUGGAGACAUUCCUGAGCCUUGGGAAGCCAUUUCAGAGGAGGCGAGUGCAACUGGGGAUUCUUUAAAUUUAUCGUUGCCACCACCUCCUGCAUCUCCUGUAUCCCGUAGCAGUCCUCAGGAGCUAUCUGAGGAACUGAGCAGAAGGCUUCAGAUCACUCCAGACUCUAAUGGGGAACAGCUGAGUUCUUUGAUUCAAAGAGAUCCUUCCUCAAGACUGAGAUCUUGCAGUGUGACAGAUACAGUUGCUGAACAGUCUCAAUUAUCUUUGCAGAGUGGUCCAUCUAGGAGAGCUCGUUCUUCAACUGUCACAGGUGGUGAGGAACCAACGCCUUCAGUGGCCUAUGUCCACACCACGCCAGGCUUACCUUCAGGCUGGGAGGAAAGAAAGGAUGCAAAGGGCCGUACUUACUAUGUCAAUCACAACAAUCGAACCACAACCUGGACACGGCCCAUCAUGCAGCUUGCAGAAGAUGGCAUGGUUGGGUCAGCAGCAAACAGCAACAACCAUCUGAGUGAGCCCCAGAUCAGACGGCCCCGCAGCCUCAGCUCACCCACAGUCACCUUAUCUGCUCCACUCGAGGGCAUGAAGGACUCCCCGGUGCGCAGAGCUGUGAAGGACACCCUUUCCAACCCGCAGUCUCCGCAGCCCUCUCCCUACAACUCUCCCAAACCACAGCACAAAGUUGCUCAGAGUUUCCUCCCUCCUGGCUGGGAGAUGCGGAUAGCACCCAAUGGCAGGCCCUUCUUCAUCGAUCACAAUACUAAAACUACUACUUGGGAAGAUCCACGGCUGAAAUUUCCAGUGCAUUUGAGAACAAAAGCUUCUUUGAACCCCAACGAUUUGGGCCCUCUUCCUCCUGGUUGGGAGGAAAGGAUACAUCUGGACGGAAGAACGUUUUAUAUAGAUCAUAAUAAUAAAAUUACCCAGUGGGAAGACCCCAGACUGCAGAACCCAGCAAUUACUGGUCCUGCGGUUCCAUAUUCUAGGGAGUUCAAACAGAAGUACGACUAUUUCAGGAAGAAGUUAAAGAAACCCGCUGAUAUACCAAACAGAUUUGAGAUGAAGCUACACAGAAAUAAUAUUUUUGAGGAGUCCUACAGAAGAAUCAUGUCUGUGAAGAGACCUGAUGUACUGAAGGCCCGGCUCUGGAUUGAAUUUGAGUCGGAAAAAGGACUUGACUAUGGAGGUGUGGCCAGAGAGUGGUUUUUUCUCUUGUCCAAGGAGAUGUUCAACCCAUAUUAUGGUCUUUUUGAAUAUUCAGCAACGGACAACUACACGCUUCAGAUUAACCCUAAUUCGGGUCUUUGUAAUGAAGAUCACCUUUCAUAUUUCACAUUUAUUGGACGAGUGGCUGGCCUGGCAGUGUAUCAUGGGAAGCUGCUGGAUGGCUUCUUCAUCAGACCUUUUUACAAGAUGAUGUUGGGGAAGCCAAUAACGUUGAAAGACAUGGAAUCAGUGGACAGUGAAUACUACAACUCUUUGAAGUGGAUCCUGGAGAAUGACCCUACAGAGCUGGAUCUCAUGUUUUGCAUAGAUGAGGAAAACUUUGGACAGACGUAUCAAGUCGACCUGAAGCCAAAUGGGUCAGAAAUCAUGGUAACAAAUGAGAACAAAAGAGAAUACAUUGACCUGGUCAUCCAGUGGAGAUUUGUAAACAGAGUUCAAAAACAAAUGAAUGCUUUUUUGGAGGGAUUCACAGAACUUCUUCCUAUCGAUCUGAUUAAAAUUUUUGAUGAAAAUGAACUAGAGUUACUGAUGUGUGGCCUUGGGGAUGUCGACGUUAAUGACUGGAGACAGCACACAAUCUACAAAAAUGGCUACUGCCCAAAUCAUCCCGUCAUCCAGUGGUUCUGGAAGGCUGUUUUACUGAUGGAUGCAGAAAAACGCAUUCGGUUACUGCAGUUUGUUACUGGGACGUCACGAGUGCCUAUGAAUGGAUUUGCUGAACUUUAUGGUUCAAAUGGUCCUCAGCUGUUUACAAUAGAGCAAUGGGGAACUCCUGAUAAACUGCCCAGAGCUCACACAUGCUUUAAUCGCUUAGACUUACCUCUUUAUGAAUCCUUCGACGACCUGCGAGAGAAGCUCCUUAUGGCAGUUGAAAAUGCACAAGGAUUUGAAGGAGUGGAUUAGGGCACUGCUUCCCACUUUUCGGCGCGUUCUGCUGCACUUCCACUUCUCCACGAUGGACUGUGACUGUGGCAGAACCGUCGCACAGCGCUGGUUCCUGGAGCAAACUCUUCGACAGUGCGGUGGCCUAAAUGCAGAAUCUUGAACUCUGGUCUGUGGAUGGCUUUUUUGACAUUUCCACAGCCAGUUACUAUGGGGUUAUAUGUACUCUGAUUACAUUUCAGCAGGACUUACUGUAUUUAUGUUGUGCCUCUGUAGGCUGAGCCCUUAAUAAAAAUUUUACAUAAUUUCUAAUGACAAUGAAUGAAAUUAAUCAUUUUACAGGGGUAGUGUUAUAAUUCAUGUUUACUUUUUAAUUGAUUUAGACAUUUUCAGAUUAUAUUUCAUUACAAUUAAAUUUCAUGUAUCUGGGGAAAGAAUGAGCAUUUUUCUUAAUUUCUUACCAGACUUGAUGCCAGUGUCAUUUUUUUCAAGCUCAUUUUGAGCCUUGUGUUCCCAAACUAUUAGGAAAAUAGGAGAUAGUUAUCUUGGAAUUCUUCUCUAUAUUGGCUAUAUCAAGAGCACAUAAAUAUUUUUCUGUAUCCAGAGGAGGUAUGGAUUCUAUGUUGCAUUUUUGUAUAAAUAAUAGUUAUGAGUCGAGGGACAGUCAUAACAUAGCAUGCCAAAUCUCAUGUUCAAUAAAGAAAUUGCCUCAUUAUUCCUUGGUGAUAUUUACAUGUACUGAAGAACAUUUUGGGGUAGGGUUGGCAUUAAUCAUUUAGGAAAAUAUGCUUAACCCUGUCAUUAUCUUUGUAUAGUGGUUCUUUUAUUAUCCUUUCCUCUUUACUGUGUGCAGUGGAGGCAUUUUGAAGGAAACCUGGCACUGUGUGAUUUGGCAUUAUGGAAAACAGAUCUGUUUUGUCUCCUAUUUGUAUGCAUUUGCUAAUGAUAUCUAAACACGGUAUCUUUUGUUUCUAACUGCACCAACUCUAAAGGCACUUUAUGUAACACAUUGAAGUCAUAUCUGUGUUUUUUUUUAUCAUAAACAUUAAUGUGAUUAUGUUCCUUCUCACUGCACAUGUCUUUCUGGUGCAAUAUCUAUCAAUUGUGAGUUUGGCUGCUGCUGAUGUAUAAGAGGAAAAAAAAAACCAACAGCUGUAGAGCUGAGCCUGCAGACAUGUUCCUCAGCAAUUGUUUUUGUGAUUUAUUUUUUACUUAAUCACAAAGAUUUAUUUAAUAUACACUGCUAUCUAUCUAAUCAGUUUUGUUACCUAUGACAUGUUGCAUGCCUAAACUAUAAUGUCUUGAGUUGCAUCUCUUGUGUGAUGGAUUAAAAGUGAAAGAUUUGUA